UGACCCACCUGAUGAAGCGCAUCCAGAGGGGCCCAGUCCGCGGCAUCUCCAUCAAACUGCAGGAGGAGGAGAGGGAGAGGAGGGAUAACUAUGUCCCCGAGGUUUCUGCCCUCGACCAGGAGAUCAUCGAAGUGGACCCAGACACAAAGGAGAUGCUGAAGCUGCUGGACUUUGGCAGCCUGUCCAACCUGCAGGUGACACAGCCCACGGUGGGGAUGAACUUCAAGACACCCCGAGGAGCUCUCUGAGUCCAUCCCUGUGUGUCGCUUUUCCAAUAAACCUGGGAAAACCA